UUUGCCUCUGUUGUAAUUAGCCAGCCAGCCCACGCCACUUUCACUUCAUACUCAUAUUUUUUUCGCUUCCCGUCUAUUUCUGCAUAAACAAAUGCAUGUCGUAUUUUGCAAAGCAAACAGAUAAACAUUCGCUAAAUGUAUCGCUACUUUUUCCUUUAGAUGUUCAAUGAAGAUCUGCAAUGAAUGUUGUUUACCCAGCAGGUGGAUAUGACGUCACGGACUUGGAACAUCAAAAAAUAACAACAUCCAAAUCCGCGAUUGCCCUUUCUUUCAAGGCGCAUUAAAGUGUAAUAACAUCAGAAGGAGCUCGCCCCUCUUAUUCCAGACAGAAGGUGGUGUGAAACUGUAGAAUCCCUCUUUGAAACUGUGCUUUCCGUGAAUACAGUGGGGAUCUCUUGUUUCAGUUCAAGUUAGUUCCCCGAGCGGAGUAAUAUUGUUAUUUACUGUGUGGUUGUUGCAUGCUUUCUUGGUAUACAAGAUCGCAUGUAGGCUAUAGUUGAUUAUUUCAAGCCCAGAAUUGCGCCCGAUGCGAUUUUCAGCCACUAUCGAAUUGCGUGACGAUAGAGCUCCCUCCUCCUGUCACUCGCCUGAUGGUCUGGCCCUCAGUGAAGCUGAGCUGAAUUCUCACUGGCAGAAUGGAGUGCCAGUCUCACCAGAGCAAGUGAUUUAAGCCAGAGGACUCCAGUGGUCACAUCCUGUGGAGCCAGGGAUCACAGUACAACGGGCUUGUUUGCAAAGCUGUGCUUGUGGAGCUCUGGAUUGAUAGGCAAGGAGGCUGAACUUGUCAAGCGGGGACUGAAGAUUGCUUUAAACAAGGCAGUCCUUGGAGAAGGUUUUUAAGUCAUGAUGCAAGAAUCUGGGACGGAGGCGACUAGCAACGGUCCCGCCAGUCAGAACGGAGCGACGAGCGGAGUGGAGAGCGGCGUGAGAGACGUGCGCUCCAAAAGUGCCACGCCCUCGAUUGACAUCACCGCCGCUGACCUCGUGAGUCUCCAGCAGCAGCAGGCUCUACAAGUUGCUCGCCAGAUCCUCCUCCAGCAACAGCACCAGCAGCAGCACCAGCAGCAGCACCAGCAGCAGCAGCAGCAGCAGCAGCAGCAACAACAACAACAACAGUCUCAUCAUCAGCAGAGUGGUGCCAUUAAAUCCCCUAAGAGCAUCGAGAAGCAGGCUGGACUGCAGGUCCCAGUGUCCCUGGCUAUGAUGACACCGCAGGUGAUAACGCCUCAGCAGAUGCAGCAGAUCCUCCAGCAGCAGGUCCUGAGCCCCCAGCAGCUCCAGGUCCUGCUCCAGCAGCAACAGGCUCUCAUGUUACAGCAGCAGCAACUCCAAGAGUUCUACAAGAAGCAGCAGGAGCAGGUUCACCUGCAGCUGCUACAGCAGCAACAUGCAGGCAUCAAGCAGCAGAGUAAAGAGCAGGUGUCCCAGGCCCAGCAGCUGGCCUUUCAGCAGCAGCUCAUGCAGGUCCAGCAGCUCCAGCAGCAGCACCUGCUCAACCUGCAGAGACAGGGUCUCCUCACCAUCCAGCCCGGCCAGAGCCCCCUCUCCCUGCACUCGCUCACUCAGGGCAUGAUUCCAGCCGAGCUGCAGCAGCUAUGGAAGGAGGUGACGAACGCCCACGUGAAGGAGGAGAACAACAACAACAACAACAACGGCAGCAGCGGCGGCGCCGGUGGAGGCGGCAGCAGCAACGGCCACCGCGGCCUGGACCUGUCGUCGCCGGCGCCCACCAAAAACCCGCUGCUCAACCAUCACGCGGUCACCAACGGCCAGUACAUGGGCCUGAAGAGAGAAUGCUCCACACUGGAGGACCACUCUCACCACAAUCACCCGCUCUUCGGACACGGCGUGUGCAAGUGGCCGGGGUGUGAGGGCGUGUUCGAUGACUUCCAUACAUUCCUCAAGCAUCUGAACGGCGAGCACGCCCUGGACGACCGCAGCACGGCGCAGUGUCGAGUGCAGAUGCAGGUGGUCCAGCAGCUGGAACUGCAGUUAGCAAAAGACAAGGAACGUCUGCAAGCUAUGAUGACUCAUCUGCACGUCAAAUCCACUGAGCCCAAAGCCACCCCACAGCCUCUCAACCUGGUGUCCAGCAUCACCUUGUCCAAGACGGCCCCAGCGGCAUCCCCGCCGCUCAGCUUGCCCCAGACCCCCACCACGCCCACCACCCCCCUGACACCGCUGUCCCAGGCCCACUCCGUCAUCACCCCCAACAGCCUGCACAGCGUGGGGCCCAUGCGCCGCCGCUACUCAGACAAGUACAGCAUGCCCAUCUCCCCAGAUAUCGUGCAGAACAAAGAGUUCUACAUGAACGCGGAAGUUCGGCCUCCGUUCACGUACGCCUCUCUAAUCAGACAGGCAAUACUGGAGUCGCCCGAGAUGCAGCUAACACUAAACGAGAUAUACAACUGGUUCACGCGAAUGUUUGCAUACUUCAGACGCAACGCGGCCACGUGGAAGGGUGCUGUGCGCACCAACCUCUCGCUGCAUAAGUGCUUUG